AGACAAGCUUACAACGACGACUUCAUACGAUACCGUAGAGGGUCUGAAAAAGCUGAAUCAGCGCCUGAAGCAGGUACGCUUAGUCGGUACACUUCUUGCAUAUUCAAGCCAAUCUCUUAUCAAAUGGAUAAUGUGCUAUGCUUGCAGGUUUUCGGUGAUCAAAUCCGGCAGUACCGAGAGGCCGUGUACUUGCUGACAGGCUACAAGGUGGACCUGAAGAAGAGCAACGGAAUGGAGCUGCUGCGUCUGCGCUCUGUCUACGCCGAGCACGAUGACGACGAGCUGCUCGUGCGAAUGGAGGCCAAUGGGUCGUUGGAGCUGCUGGACAGCGAGUUCUGCUCGCAGAUCAACCAGCGCGUGUUCGCGUACCUGACGACAUGUCGAUCGUUCCCGGCCUUCUUGUCCACGCUGACGCUGCAUCUCUUCGAGAAGCAGACCUUCCAGGGCACUUAGGUUGGUAGGUACAGUAGGUAGUCGACUCUCACACACGUGCACAAAUGCUCAAUACAGUCGGCCCAGCGGCCUCUCUCCGAUUCGUAUCAACACUUCAUUCAAAGCCACUGCAUUGCAUCUUGUUACUGUAAUGCGAUUGCCAGGCCACGUCAGUGUAAGGCCAUUGAGUGCAGCGCCAGGUAAACAGUGGAUUGGACGUUGGGGUCAUCAUCCCGGUCGAAUUGUGUGCGCCACACCACCUUCGCGUUGAAGUUCCUCUUCGGGAUCCGCUCCAAGUCCCACACAAUCGAAUCCGCCGUCGACGAGCAACAAGCCUACAACUCUUCGCCUUCAUGCUUAGCCUCGCCCGUGGAAAGCCCCAGUCGGCGCGCAUGCUGACGCACCUGGCCCGCCGCCGGAUGUCCGUGGCGUCCGGCCGCCUGGCGCAGUUCCCGUUCCUGGAGGAGCUCGGCCUCAAGGAGGAGAACCACGGCGUGUACAACGGCGAGUGGUUCGGCAGCGGCGACGUGUACACGUCCGUGAGCCCCGUGAACGGCCAGCCCAUCGCCAGCGUCCGUGCGGGCAACAAGGCCGACUACCAGAAGGUGGUGGCGGCCAUGGACAACGCCAAGCCCCAGUGGUGCGACCUCCCGGCCCCUGCACGCGGAGAGAUCGUGCGCCAGAUCGGAGAGGAGCUGCGCAACAAGCGCGACGCGCUGGGCAGGCUCAUCUCGCUCGAAAUGGGCAAGAUCUACGUCGAGGGUGUCGGCGAGGUGCAGGAGGCUAUUGACAUUUGCGACUUCGCUGUGGGUCUCAGCCGCACGCUCAACGGCUCGGUGAUCCCUUCGGAGCGCCCGGGCCACUUCAUGAUGGAGCGCUACAACCCGCUCAAGGGCCACGUGGGCAUUGUCACGGCCUUCAACUUCCCGUGCGCGGUGCUGUUCUGGAACGCUGCACUGAGUCUGGUGUGCGGCAACACGCAGAUCUGGAAGCCGUCUGAGUCGCUGUCACUUACGUCCGUGGCGUGCACCAAGAUCAUUGCCGAUGUGCUGGAGCGCAACGGCCACCCCGGCGCGAUCGCCUCGUUGAUCUGCGGCAGUGGUGCUGAAGUGGGCGAAGCGAUGCUGCACGACAAGAGCAUGGAGCUGAUUUCGUUCACGGGGUCGACCAAGGUGGGCCGUCACGUGAACGAGGUGGUGUCGUCGCGUUUCGGUAAGACCAUCCUUGAGUUGGGAGGCAACAACGCGAUGAUCGUGGACAAGGACGCGGAUCUGGAGAUGGCACUCCGAGCGACGCU